GUUUCAAAAAAUAAAAUCAAUUUUAAAAAUCAUAUAAAUUAAUAAUAUAGAAUCAUAUUUAAUUUUAUACAAUUUUGUUAAUAUAAUUUAGUUAUAAGCAUGGUAACCCUAAUACUAAAAUCAUUAUUAAUAGUUUUCAUGGCAAAUAUGGUUGCCGCUGAUGAUGAUGCCUUAAAUGCAACUAGGUCAGCCAUAAAAGCCAUGAUUGAAAACGUGGCAGAUUCAUCCGGACAUGUUUACGGGGCAAAGGACAGUAAGGGUCGGUCCAUGGAUUGCAUCAAAAUCAUAGCCAACCCGGAGGUGAAGGGGUUUAUAGGGGUCUACCAUUCCUAUGAGAACGGCAUUGCCUACUCCCAUAUGGCUACCGCUGAUAACGUGUUGGGCAAAUGGACGUGGAUUAGGGCCAUUGGUGGACCGGGAAUUCAGGGUGCAAAUUCUAGUGCAACUCAGCCUACAAUAGCCGUAGCUGAGGACGGAGGGUUUGCCGUGGCCUGGGAACAGGAGCCUGUGAGGCACCUAAAAUUUUCGUACUACAAAAACUGGGAUGACCUUGUUAGUGGCCACGUUUCCAAACAAUACGACGCACCCCAAACACUAUCGAAAUGUGCCGAGGGCACUCCACACUUUUACUACGCCAGUAGCACCUACCUUGAUGUGGGACACCAUUUCUACAACAACUGCGACACGGACAGGGAGGCACGGGGGGACAGGGAUUCCGGGAGCUUCAGGGGUCACGACUUUAUGGUGAUAGAAGCCCAGAAAAUGAAAGGUGAUUUUGGUACCUGGCAUAUUUAUUUGUACGAUGCCGAGAUUGACCAAGCUCAAGAGUUGAAUGUGAAAACGCAUAAGAGUAGCAAAUCGUUGGCUAACCCCACGAUAACUCAUUUGUUAAUUAAUGGAAAGCCAGCUAUUUUGUUAACCAUGUUUAUAUUUGGUGAGGGGGCCGGACAGGGUGAGGCAGGUGCCCUUAUAUAUUAUAAAACGUAUUAA